AUGAUGAAUGGUGGCGUAGAGAACAAGGUCACCUGGGACACUGGGUGUCUUGCCGAAGACUUCUGGUUUGCUUUCAACGUACGUGUUCUGACUAUAUCAACAAUCCACUUGCUCGCUAAUUUGGAAUAUCUGAACGAGCAGGCCGCACGCUGCGGAUUCAAAUUCGGCUGGAUUCAAGCAAUCGCACGAGAACAACCUCCCGUUAGUGUUUUAGACUUGAUUCAGCAACGUAGGCCGCGGUACACCGGGAUUAUGUCUAUGGAUAGCUGGUUGGUUAGAUUGGUUCUCGCAAUCCCUAUGAUGGGACCGUUAGCUAUGCAAGUCUGUAAGUGA